AUGAGUCCUCCGCAGGCACUGGCCAUCGGCCUCUCUUUUGCACUGACCUGCCUGAUCUCCCCCACCUCGGCCCAUGGAGGUCACACCGACAAGAUCCCCGAAGGUGAAGCCAUAUCAGCAGACCCUCUCGAUUCACGACUAUGGACGCAUAUCCUGUUAAUGGUGCUAUCCUUUGGUCUGAUCUUCCCCUAUGGCAUGGUCCUUGGCAUUAUCAGAAGCAGAUGGCAUGUACCUGUACAGAUCGUCGGCACAGUCGUGGCUACAGUCGCAUACUUUCUUGGGCAUAUGCACAAGGGCCGCCAGUUCAAGCAUCCCAAUAUCCAUGCAAGCUUUGCGAACAGUCUGGUGUUUAUGUUGAUUGUACAAGUCGGACUCGGCAUCGGACUCAAAUUGCAUCUUGAGAACAAGGGCGGCUGGAUCGGAAAAGCGUUUGGAGGAAAGAUUGGCAAGAGUGGGAGGCGUGGUGUCGUGCUGAUUCACGGAUGGCUCGGGAAAGCCAUGCCUGUUGUCUCGUGGGUGCAGAUGCUGUUUGGUGGAAUUGUUGCCAUGGGGUACUGUCGCGGAGACCAUCUUGGACAGUGUUUGGCGCAUUUCAUCAUGGGCUCUGCAUUCAUCGGGUACGGCAUUGUCAUGACACUUCUACUGCUGGUGGGUCAGGCAUGGUUGCGCAGCACGGGAAGGAGCCAGGAAUUCUUCGACAGCAUCAUCAUCUCCGCGUGGGGCUGCGUCAAUACAUUCACCGAGCACCGAUGGGGCCAGCCUUGGGUCAAGAACGAUCUUCAACACACCAGCAUGGGCAUCGUAUGGUGGUGUGCUGGCUUAGUGGGAGUGUGGCUGUCUCGCUCGAGAACUGGUCGGCCGAAACGUAACAUUUUACCUGGUAUGGUUAUCUUAAUCACGGGGUGGGCCAUGAGUGCACACCCUCAAGAUAUCCCAUUGAGCACCAUGGUACAUGCUGUCUUCGGAUACACGCUCAUGGCGGCUGGAGCGAGUCGCAUCAUUGAGGUCUCUUUCGUCCUCAAAGACAGUCGUGGGGCCUCUGAAGUCAACAGUUGGCAGCAUCUUCCACCAUUCCUCCUCUACGCGUCCGGCUUUCUCUUCAUGGGCGCGACCGAAGAACAAAUGCGCCUGCUAUCCGAAGCCGACGUCACACACGUCAGCUACAUCCUGAUUCUGUACUCGAUCGCCUUCCUGCUGUAUCUGUUCGUCAACAUUUUGCUUUACGUCUACGCCUCACACGCGUGGCCCGACGACGAGAGCAACGGUGUAUUAUCUCACAGCUCGUCCUCCCACAGCCGCAAAAUGAGCACCGCUACUGCUGGCCCUAGCGCGCUGAGAAAGUCCUCAAGGGCGACGGGCAACGGCCACAUCACCCUCCCGUCCGCCACAAAUGGCUCUGUCCGCUUGCCCAGGCACCGUCCCACGGAUAGCCAGCAGGUACGGGAUGCAGAGGAGUUUGAGCUUGAGGGGUUGAUCAGCGAGGGCGAGGAGGAUGGUGAGAGCCCCAAGGUUGCGAAGAAGGAGGGCCUUGUUUGA